AACAAACUGAAGCUGCAAAAGGUGAAGAAGAAACGAGUGCCACUGGCACUGAAGCUGGUGAAGGUGCUAAAACAGGUGAAUACGAAACGACAGAAGAGGAAACGACUGCUAAUGGCACUGAAGCUGGUGGAGGUGUUAAUGUAGAACAAACUGAAGCUGCGGCAGGUGAAGCAGAAAUGACAGAAGAGGAAGCGAGUGUUACUGGCACUGGAGCUGGUGAAAGUGCUAAUGUAAAACAAACUGAAGCUGAGAAAGGUGAAGAAAAAAAGACAGAAGAAGAAACGAGUGCUAGUGGCACUGAAGCUCCUGAAGGUGCUAAUGCAGAACAAACUGAAGCUGCGACAGCUAAAGAAGAAAAUACGGAAGAAGUAACGGCUGCUACUGGCACUGAAGCUGUUGGAGGUGCUAAUGUAGAACAAACUGAAGCUGCGACAGGUGAAGAAGAAAAGACGGAAGAAGAAACGAGUGCUACUGGCACGGAAACUGGUGAAGGUGCUAAUGCAAAACAAACUAAAGCUGUUACAGGUGAGAAAGAAAAGACAGAGGAAAAAACGACUGCUACUAGCACUGAAGCUGGUGGAGGUGCUAAUGUAGAACAAACUGAAGCUGCGACAGGUGAAGAAGAAAAGACAGAGAAAAAAACGACUGCUAGUGGCACUGAAGCUGGUGGAGGUGCUAAUGUAGAACAAACUGAAGCUGCGACAGGUGAAGAAGAAAAGACAGAAAAGGAAACGAGUCCUACUGGCACUGAAACUGGUGAAGGUGCUAUUGCAAAACAAACUGAAGCUGCGAAAACUGAAGAAGAAAAGACAGAAGAAGAAACGAGUGCUACUGGUACUGAAGCUGGUGAAGGUGCUAAUGCAGAGCAAAUUGAAGCUGCGACAGCUAAAGAAGAAAAGACGGAAGAAGCAACGAGUGCUACUGGCACUGAAGCUGAAGGUGAUGCUAAUGUAGAACAAACUGAAGUUACAGGUGAAAAAGAAAAGACAGAAGAAGUAACGGCUGCUACUGGCACUGAAG